CGACAAGAAGUGGUCAACAAGCCGACACAGCUGAUUGGAGAGAGACCACACCAAUCAUCACCGAGGGGGAGAAGCUUGAUCCACUCGAAAACAGAAGAAGAACCAACAAAAGGAAGGGACAGUUAUUCGAGUCAAGCAACACACUCCUCUUAACCAUCAGUAAUUGUUCAACUUUUCGGUCCUGCCAAGCACCAUCGACCAUGUCAAAAAGCUACCCUUACCAGGCUCGGGCUAUGAUGAGAUUCAAAGCCCAGGAUGGUCAGUUCGUCCUAGGAAGCAAUCAGCUCGUCACAGUCACUGGACAAACCGAUGACGAAGGCGAUUGGCUCGACGUAACUGACCAGGAUGGCCGAUCGGGCUCAGUGCCUGCUGGAUUCUUGAUCGAAAUCGAACCAGAGCACCCUCAUCCAGCACCUCUCCCCUCAAUCCCUCUUUCUACCUCUGAUGACCUUCAAGACCGAUCCCCAAACCCUCCUAAGUCGACCAAUGAUGCAGCCGGGCCUGUCAAAACUCCUUCGCAACCCCACCUAACAGAUAUUCCUGCUUCGAUCGAGAGGUCCCCAUCGGAUGGUCGAAUCGCCCAAAAGCCAAUUUCUGAUGCUUCUUCAAUUGUUCCUACACCACCCCCUGUUGGCGAAACUAGUCCGAAAUCGUCCAAUGACCUUGUAGAGUCUCUCGAACCCGCCGCCCAACCUCAAACGACAAAAAUUCCUUCUUCGAUCGAAAAGCCCUCAUCCACUGAUCCGAUCUCCUACAAGGCGACCUCUGAUGCUUCUUCAAACCUUCCAACGACACCACCUGCUAGCAAACCUAAUCCACUUCCUGCCAUGGCGUCUCAUGAUCCACCAAAUUCUCAACCAUUGUCCACUCCUUCCAAGGCUCCCCCCACACCUGCCGCCAAGCCAAAUGCAUUACGUGAUCGAAUUGCCAUGUUCAACAAACCUGCCCCCGUCGCUUCUUCUCCACCGCCUAACACACGCCCUAAACCCCCGAUAGCCCGUAAACCAAUGAAUAUUCCGCCCCCCGCUCCGCCGAUCGAAGCUGCCCAGGACACUCAAUCAUCAACUCCAGCACCUCCUCAGGAUGAACGUACUCGUUCGACUGAGCCAGGUGGAAUGUCGGCGGCCGACGCAGAAGAAUCUGUCAAGGCAGGGGGUUCACUCAAAGACCGAAUUCGAUUAUUACAACAGCAGCAACAGCAACAAGCCAUGGCUGCCGAACCAACUCCAACUGCUCCCAAACCUAAGAGAGAAUGGAAACGGCCUCCAGCAGCACCUGCGGAUGAGCCAAAUCCCGUGGUUCCUAUCGUUCCAUCCGCUCCCCAAGAAAUUCCAACUGCCGGAGAAAACAUUUCCGAUCUUGACAGCGAGGCUGUGCCAGAUUCAACUGAAGUGGAUCCCAUCGAUGCAGUAGAGGAAGAUGAUGAGGUUGCUAGGCGUCGAAGAAUUGCCGAGCGAAUGGCUAAGUUGGGUGGUGCUAGAAUGGGGUUUGGCUUUCCCGGUCCAGCCGUGCCUCCAAAGCCUUCUCUCCCCCAUCACUCCUCUGAGGGCUCAAGCCAAGCUCCUGACGAACCAUCUAAGGAAGAAUUCUCAGCGUUACCUCCAGAGAGAAUCAUUAUGCCUACUAUUCCAAAACGAGCUGCGCCACCGAGACGAAAGGCUCCUGCGCUUUCUAAAAGUCCCUCGGCCGUAGAAACUCCACUAGAUGACCAACCAAAAUCUAUAAACGCGCCCGAUGAUCAAUCUAAACCACAACCGGAAGAUAAGCUGCCAAAAGAAGAAGACGAUGAUGGACUGCGGGUUGUUGCAGACUCGUCAGCUCUUGCUACCGAGCCUAGUGACAACGCCACGCAACUAUCUGAUGAUAAUUAUCACCCUCCUGCUAUGAUGGGUGAUGCAAUUACACAAAGUCAGGAGGAUUCCACCCCCGACGAGCUUUCUGAAGAACCUGUCCAGGAUUUGGAGUAUGUGCCAAUUCCUUCUGAAAAGGAUCCCAGCGACGAUCACAGCACGAAUGAAUAUCCGUUGCCUCAGCAAACUGAUUCAUCAGAUGAACCCACUCAGGCCGUUCGGCAAAGCACAAUUGGCUCAUCGUCUUCAAUCGAACCAAACCUACUUCCACAACUCUCUCAUGAAGCUGACCGGUCCCAUGAGGAACCUGGCCACCAGCUAGCCCCUUCGGACAAAAGCCUGGGUCGUUCAUCAUUCGAUAAUGACAUGCCAAGCACUGAGCAAAAGCCUCACACAAGCGGCGUUUCUUCAUUGGGACACGCCCAAGAAAAACACACCAUCGCUCCUCAGGUAUUGGACCCCCCAGCGGACCCCGAUGAACAGUCGCAUGAUUCAAUUGACACCCGCACUUCGUCAGCGAGGCCUCCAUCUCCAGCAAAGUUCAACGCACUUGAAGAAGAAAAGCAUCCUCAACCCCCACUUCCUUCAACCAGAUCUAUGUCCACCUCCAUGGCUAGUGAAGCAAUUGGAGCGGGACCGCUGUCCCCUGUACUAGAUUCAGAGGUUGAGCCCCUUUUGGCUGCCCACAAAUCGGAUUCACUGCCACCUAUCGCCGAGCCGGUAUCCUGUUUAUCUACUGUGCCGCCCCCUCAGUCGUCUAUCCUAACCAGUGACACCCAUCGUCCGGAUCAUGAUCAAGAUGAAGGCGAUGCGCUUGCACCACAUGCAUUGGACACUCAGCCGACCAGGGCUCCAGCGAAUGCCGAACCAAUCUCAGUCGAUGCCGUUUCGGCGACAAUUCCUAAGGCGGAUUCAACGGGUGAAGCGAUCAACCAAGGGGCCUUAGAAUGCACACCGACUGAAGAUGAAGAUGAAGAAGUUUGUCGCCGACAAAGAAUUGCCGAGCGUUUGGCAAAGAUGGGAGGAAGAUCGAUGAUGGGUGGUGCCAGUCCGCGUCGUCCGCUUCCUGAGCCUCCAGUAGUUCAGCAUACAUUGACCACUGAAGAUGAAAGCUUGGACACAAUGGAGACACGUGAAAACCCUGCCGAAGUGGUCACUGAAGACAAUCAAAUUGAGAAUGUACCUGUUGAUAACACCGAGGAAGAAGAAGACGAAUCUGCUCGGAGACGCCGAAUCGCUGAGAGAAUGGCCAAGAUGGGUGGCAGGCCAAUGAUGGGUGGCAUGGUGUCUAUGUUUCCCCAACAGAGCCCAGGAGGUCCAGCCAGCGCGCCUAAAAGCACAUCGACUGCAAAUACAGCACCAUCUCCUGCUCAGCCUACCCGAGCCCUCCCACCUGCUGCCCACCCUCAAAAAAGUAACUCUAUCGAUUCCAAUUCCGUUCCUUCUCCCCCUCGGCGCGCGGCCCCAGUGCCCACAAUUCCUGACCCCACUGACAGACCCGAGGAGUCUCCUCCGAUCCCACCCAAUCGACCUCGAAUUCCCUCAACAUCCCAGGUCGAGAGCGAAGGGACACAUUCUGACCGUUCACCAGGUGCGAUGUCGUCUCAUCGCCCACGGAUUCCCAACGCCUAUAGCUCGCCAAAACGCUCAAGUAUUCCUAGUCAAGGUCGACUAGCAGACGAGCAACUGCCUAAUCCCGCUGAGACCCAUUCCGAAGAUCUCGCUAAUGUACCUUAUGAAAAUGCUGAGCUGUUACCCGCAACACCACCAAGACGCAGCAUUCCUAAGCUUCCAACAGCCCCCCUAGCUGUUUCAGUCCUUGGAAGUUCAGACCAAAGGGUGGUUCCUACCGAAUAUAUGCCAGAGGAACCCAUUGAGCCGGAGUCCGAUCCUGGCAUGGGGCAGACUUUAGACCCUGAGCAAAUAUACAGGGCACCGCGGGGGGACUUGGGGUCCGAGGAAACGACAGAGAUGGGACUUCCAGUUCCAGCUCACCAUCAGAUGGACAGGAUGAAUUCUUUCAAGGCGCGGGACCUUGAUAUUGCAUCGGAACGAUGGUGGCGCUUAAGACCUGUAGCACCCCCGUCAAGUGUGACGUCAUUGGAUGACGUUUUGAUCAGACUACAGGGAACGUCGAGUCUUAAGAAAGGAAUUACGAUCUCGCAGUAUGAAUUGAUCGUGAUCAGGGAUGAUUAUUCCAAGACGGUCGUGAAUGUGAAGUUUGGAGAUAAUCCGGAAGAUGAAUCGUCAACCGAAUUAACCCAAUCACACUACCCACCCCCGGAGCCAUACGAAAUUGGUCAACUACAAACACUUAGUCAUUCCCUGGGCCCUCAGAUAGUCAGUCGGGCCAAAGAUAAAGAAGACGAGAAAGGUUUCAAAGGGCUCGAUGGGUUCAGUUUUGUUAAGACGAUCAUACAAUCCCUUGGUAAUGCUUUGGAACCGGUAGGAUCGACUUUCGGUCAAGUGAUCUAUCAUUGUAAUGUCAUUCAUGACUCAAAAGGCUCCCAACCGGAGAUUCACAUCAAGGAUGAUAUCAGACCGGGUGAUAUAGUAGCUAGUUACGGGGCAAGCUUCAAAGGGAAAGGGAUCGGGCACAACUCGAUGAAUUUGGGCAGUUCGAUCAGCCCUCAUACUGGAGUGGUUUCGGAAAACGAUAUCAAGAAGAAUAAGUUUAAAGCCUUUGGGGUCUUCAAUGGCAAAGUCGAGUUGAUGUCUUAUCGAUUGGAUGAAUUAAAGAGUGGUUCGAUCGUCGUUUAUCGGGUCUUAGAUAAAGCCUUUUUGGAGUGAUCAUUCUUAUCCUGGAUCACUAUUCUCAUCGGUUCAAAAAUAAAUAAAUAAAGUUUGAUUUGAAUGUUUCUACUCAGCCCAUAUACUAAAGCUCAUCUUUCCCCCGUGUUUCCAUGGUCUUUUAUUCUAUCAUUUCGGUUUUUUUCAGAUUCAGGCCAAGGUACCAGUAAUCAUCAUUAUCAUCAGACAUUCGAAGCUUUUUCUUCUUCUUUUUGUGGUUUGUUGAUCCUUUAUCUUCACAUAUACAAGUAAGAAUAUCUUCAACAUACUUUCCAGAAAACGCAUUUUAUUGUCUCUUUUCCCUUUCAAGUUGAUCGUCAGUGAUUGUGUAAUCAGUUUUUUUUUUUCUUAAUACUUUGAAUUCCACUUGAGUCGAAAUGUAUCAUUAGAGCACAUACAAAUGUCACACUGAUACCUCCCAUCGCCCUUACAAAAAUUAAUAUAAAUACAUCGCCAGGGCUAUGAGCAAGAGUAUAAUGAUUUCUUGAAGACAGUGUCCUGUAGCGUUCCAGUCUCCGGUCUCUUGAAAUCUUUUA